CCAUAAGGAGGUCAAGGAGUAUCGACGCAUCGACAUAUUGACACUGCGCUAUGGCUGAGGACUUGGCAAGCGCUACCCAUGCUGUGGAAGCGUUUCGGGAGUUCCUCCGCAUCCGCUCGGUCAGCGCAGAGGGCCCGCAAGGAGCCUACGCGGAGGCGGCGAAGUGGGUCUCGGACUACGCUCGCGACCAAGCCGGGCUGACGUCCAUCAAGACCGUCGAGUACUCAGCGGGGAAGCCGGUGGUGCUGAUGGAGUGGCCGGGCUCGGAGCCAGACCUGCCCUGCGUGCUGCUCAACUCCCACUACGACGUCGUGCCCGCGAUGCCCGAGCACUGGCACACAGACCCCUUCGCGGCGGUGAUGAAGGACGAGGCCGGCGGCGGCCGCAUCUACGGCCGCGGCACGCAAGACAUGAAGUGCGUGUGCGUGCAGUACCUCGUGGCGAUCGCCCGGCUUCGCCGGUCCGGGUUCCAACCGACCAGGACCGUGCACCUGAGCUUCGUGCCCGACGAGGAGAUCGGGGGCGCGGACGGCAUCAGUCUGCUGCUCGCCUCCGAGGAGUGGAAGGCCCUCGGGCCCGUGGGGAUCGCGCUCGACGAAGGGCUGGCCAACCCCAGGAACGCCUUCACCGUGUUCUACGGGGAGAGGACGCCCUGGUGGCUGCUCGUGAAGGCGGAGGGGCCGACAGGCCACGGCAGCCGGUUCAUAAAGGACACCGCGGUGCAGAAGCUCAUGGCCGUUUGCGACAAGGCGCUGGCGUUCCGGAAGGAGCAGGAGGACGCGCUCGGGCACACCGGCGGCUGCAGCCACGCUCGCGCGAAGAAGCUCGGCGACGUCACGACGCUCAACCUCACCAUGCUCAAGGCCGGGGUCGCCAUGGCCGGAGGCGGCGACGGCGGCGGGGCGGAGGCGGCGACCAAGCACGAGCGGUACGCUCUGAACGUAAUCCCCACGGAGGCUCGGGCCGGGUUCGACGUGAGGAUCGACCCCAAUACCCCGACGGAGGACUUCAAGGCCCGCCUGGCCGGGUGGUGCAAGGAGGAAGGCGUGACGUGGGAGCUGGCCGACUGGACCACGCCGCUGCACGAGCACUACCUGACCUCGGUGGACCGGGACGUUAACCCGUGGUGGGGGGUGUUCUUGGACACCAUGAAAGACGUGGGCGUCGAGAUAGAACCAGAGAUAUUCCCGGCGAGCACAGACAGCCGGUACCUGCGAGAGCUGGGCAUCCCGGCCCUGGGCUUCUCCCCGAUGAGAAAUACGCCCAUCCUGCUGCACGAUCACAACGAGUACAUCGCCCAAGACGUCUUCAUGGACGGAAUAGAGGUGUACGAGCGCCUCAUUACCGCGCUAGCGUCUGCGGAACGACUACCCACGGAGGGAAAGCCGUGA